UUCCUACAACAUACCCUCUUUAAUCUGCAGCACGCCUUCUGCCUCUGUUGGUUCCUCGGUUCGCGCCUUAUUGUGCAUGGUUGCCCGACCCACUGAUCAUCAGUGGUCUUGCUUCAUGUUCCCCGGAGCACUUGGUCAUCAUAUGUCGUCCUUCUGCCCUUCAUUUCCAACUCGAUACAUACAUACACUCUGAACUCAAGAUAGCAAUUAUAGGGAGACCCUGAAGCUGAAGUAGAUCACUCCGAUAUAUAUUUACCCUUAUCCACAUCUAUUGUUGGUUAUAUAUCAAUUGAUGAACAUCAUCCCUGGUAAUAUCCAAGCAGGGUCUCCAUCAGCUCCAAAUCCUCUGCCGACAUAUUUAUUACAAUAUAUCCUUUCAAGAUCACACAUAGCCUGACUGCGUUUAGACCAAAACCCCAAGUUGAACUGAGCACUACAUCUCGUUGAACGGUUUACCCUGGCAACUGCAGCUAUCCUCGACCAACAGCCAGCCAGCCGAUUCGUCCAGUCCAUUCUUCUUCCGGAUCCAUUAUUUGUGAGCCGAAUGCAGAUGAUGAUGGACGCUAGUUGCCUGGAACUUCCGGCUGGCAAGGCGUCGCCAACAGCGACUCCGAAACCAGCAUCAUUUUCCACAGUGCCUGAACUGGAUCAUCAUCCCUCUCAGUCUUCCCCAACCAAUCCCAAGCGCCCAUUCGGUCUUCGGCCAUCAGCCGGAUUAGCUUCUUCCACAUCUUCUGCGCCCACCACUAAUCUAUGGAGUUUCUCCAAAACAUCAUCGUUCUCGUCUACUGCCUCUAAAUUCAAGCCUUUCUCAAAGUAUCGGACUCGCAGGUUAUCGGACGACUCUCUGACUGAUCUUUCUCCUCCAACUCACUCCGACCUCGAUCAGAUUUCACCCCAUUGGAAUGUGGCCUUAGAUCAGACAGAACACACAGAACCAGCCUCACCUCUGAGAAGUCACCGGAGCUCCGCAAUAUUCCUGGGCAAUUCUAAGCCGCCUUCUGUGCCAAACAAGCCGUCUAAAGACAAUUCUUCAGCUGGCAACAUGAAUUUAUUCAAAAGCCACGGAAGUCAACCCUCCUUCUCCUCACGCUUACGCCUAUUGUCCAAGACUUCAUCGGAGAAGCAAACCCCAGAAAAAAACAAAAAUUUAUCCAAAACCCAACCAGAGCCAUCCCCAAGCCGCUCUCUCAAGCCAGCUGUACUCAAAUCAUUCCAGACUAAAGCGGCCAAAGCAGAAUUGGAGCCAAGCAAUUCUCCAGACUCGGAGGAAGUUGAAGCCAUCCAGUCGCCACCGUGCGAUCUUCGCAUAGUAGCCAAUCCAAACUAUCCCCCCAGGUCUUGUAGCAUUGUUGAUCAACCCCUAGUCAAUGCCUCGUUUCAUGAGCUCAGUCGGUGCUCCUCUUCUCCCAACCUCAAUUUGCCAAACACUUUUUCGCAGCGCCUAUCGGGAGAGCUUGCACGCAACAACGCUCCCGUCAACGUUACCGGCAGUCCCAAGAGGAGUCAUGCCCCGCCUCCGAUUAAAGUUCCCAAGCUGCGCGCGAGUACCAUUGCAAUAGCAGUGGGGAGUGACUCAUCACCGAUUGGGGUUUGCUCUAAGCCUACUUCUCGCCAUACCCACUCCAGGUCAGAGUCUGGCAACCACUUUGUUCGGCGUCUCGCGAGCCUCGAAUGGCAUGGUCAUGCUAAAAAGUCGCCUGCGCCAGAAGCAUAUCUUGAUUCCAACAAGAAGUCAGCGCAAGAAGUACAACUGGAGCAGAAAACUUAUAACCCCAUUCAAGAUAAUUUGAGCGUCGAUACGUUGGAUGAGCUAACCUCUUCAGCUAGUCCCCGAAGUGGCGUGAUUUCGAUUUCCAACUCUUCAAAAGUUAUCAAAGACAAGGCACCCGAUGUGAUGCCCUUGCAACCCGCUCCUCGUCGCUUGUCUGGCUAUGCCAAUCACUCCAGCACUGACUCCAAAGGGCCAACAAUGCCAUUGUUGAUAUCCAAGCAUUCACGCGCCAUUGGUAGCACGACUUACACCAUGUCCCAGCACCGGCUUCGCUCGAGGUGCUCGGAAAGCGCCACACUCGACCUUACUGUCAUUCAAUCUUCGAACACCAAACGCACGCGAACGUCGAGCAAAAUCUCGCCUCACCCACGAUACCCCGAGACUCCUAAACAAUCCUCGACCAGCUUUCUUUCACGUUCAUCUUGGAGCCCUAUCCAUGAGUCAACCGAGAAGCAAAAGGUUUUACCAGCCCCCCAAAAUCUUUUACCGGACUCUAUUCCUUUCCCGACAUCUGACUGGUCGGAUCAGCGAGACCCUUCGCCGCUUCAAGAUCCAGCCGCUUCCCCUUGUAAUGAAAACGAUUGCCGUGAGCGCCCUCAGGACAUGGUGGAUCAAGAUUGUCAUUCCCAACAGGGCCCAACUUCCCCGACGGAAACGCAAGUCAGAAUCUCCGGUAAGAAGGAGAAAAGCCGGCGCGCCCCAUCAUUUGACAUCCGCAAUUUUCCAUUGCAUCUUGACACUUCUCAGCGACCGGACUCUCUUCCGGCUAUUGCCAUCCCUCAACCAAUCAAAAUCCCGCAAUUUGUGUGUGGCGGCCUCCCUGCCUUGCCUAUUCCGGGUGCUGAGUACAACAUCGAAAGCUACCACAAAUCUUCAUUGCCAUCAUCCACGUGCGCCGUUCGCCCGGAGUCAAGUGACUUAAGCUCACUGAGAUCCGUUGUAUCUAAUGGAUCAUCUGCCGAAGCGUGGAGGACUAUGAAUCGUAUAUUCACACCAUCAAGUACUCCACAAUCCAAUCGCUCAAGUGAUUUUGCUUCCAGAGUGACCUCGCACAAAGUGGCCCCUGCCUCUCAAUCCGAUUUCGAGAACAUCACUCGAAGCAUAAGUGUCGAUGAUUUUUAUCUCAAUAUCAACACUAAUGCACUUUUAGACUUAUCGAGAAGAGAAGUCAAGAAAGUAUCACGUCCUCGGUCCAUGUCUGAUCGCGGACCAAGCCGGUAUGAGAUCCUGACAGAGUUAUUAGGACACUCCAAAAACCCGAUUGAUAGUCAAAGGAAUUCACCUUACACCACCGACCACCCUCUACCACAUUACACUCAAGCUAAUUCCCCUCAAUCUACUCAGUGGCACACCGCAUCAAUUGCGCAAAAAAUCCGCGAAAGUACUUCAUCAGAGCUCGACAAGGUCGUCACUGAAGCACUCAAAAUUUACCAUUCGGAUUCCCAUCGUUUCAUUGUAGGGGAUAUCAAGGAGUUUAUUCGAGAAGGAAGAGAAUCUGAGAACAAGGCCGCUGAAUUGCAACGGAAACUUCUUGUUGAUACACACGCUAGGGAAAAACUUCUUCAGCGGCACAUCAUGACCUUACACGCCUUCAAUGGUGACAAAGGUGCCCGGUUCGGGGAAUCUCUGUUGAAAUCGGUAACGAACACUGACCAGCUAGCAGCCGAACUAUUUGGCUUGAUUGCUCGCACGUCCAAGGCUGAUCGGAUGUGCGAGGCUCACUGGCGAGCUGCAGCCACCGUCCAGAUGAACAACCUGGCGAUGAAAGAGGCCCAACUCGAAGCUGCACAAUCUCGUAUUGAGCAGCUCGAAUCCGACCGCGCUCGGCAUGUCAAGCAGAUUUCAGACUUACAAGCCAAGAUUGAUGCCCUACAUGAUCAAGCACGACCUAGUUCAAGGGCCACGGAUUCGGAUUCGGUUUGCUCAGGGCCCAUCCCCAGUAUCCGCAAGACUUCGAAAAGUAGCCAAGAACUGUUUCGGGAUGGGAUCACGUCUGACUCGCCCUCCUCUACCCCGCGGAUUAGCCAUUUUCCAACCCAUGGCCCCCAACAGCUCCCUCACGCCAAUCUUGUCCAAAGCAGGGUACGAUUCAACUCAGCCCAUAGCUUCAGUUCCUCUCACAGUUGGAACGCUCCCUUUGAGAGCGGUUUUAACGAAGGAGGCUGUCCUUCUGCCUUAUUGCCGGAACCAGUCUCCCCUCGUACAGCUUUCCUAUCGCCCUACGGUUUGGCUCAUAACCAACCAGCUUCGCAUGAACGUUCAGAGUCCUUCUCCUUGUCAUUAAACAGAAGCGAUGUGGGCCCCAUGUCACCGCGCAAAACUCACAAGCCGAGCUUCUCCAAUGCAUCUUUGACCGCCCUUCCCAAUUCGGUUUCUAAUUACCAACGCUCCGAGAGUCUUGGCCCGAAGAAAAAGGCACAAACGACAGGCUUGAUUUCUAGGAAUAUUCUAACACACAACAAUUCAAUUAAACAGAAAGGACCUAUCAACAGCAUUCAUCUCAAGUCCAAUCGCUCCAGUUCACUCAAUUCUUCUGAUCUGAAAAUUGAGGUUGUAGAUUCGAAUAUGCAUGGCUCUCAGGAUGCCAAGCCUCGCUCGACUUCGAACACUUUUCUGCCUCAUCUGAAGAGUGGCCCAAGUGUUUCUGCCACUGAAUCAUCCUCUGUCGAUGGCUCGAAUGAUUUUCAGCCGCCAAACACGGCUUCACGAGGGCCUUCGUCUUCCAGCUUACUUCGUUUUCCAAGGCAAGCAGCCCCGGCUCCAAAGUUACCGCUACCGUAUGAAUCACAUCCGCGUCGACGGGGCAAAUGGUCUCCGGUGAGCCCAACACAGGGUAACUUGAGUUCAAUCACCUUGUCUCAAUUGGGAUCAAUCGAUAUCGCAAAUCUAUUGAGUAAUAUCGAAUCUUCUAGUCAGUAAUCAACCUUCAACGGAUUUGUGAUUUUUCUGCAUCUGAAACCUUCACUUCAAACUAUCCCAUGAUACCAUUCCAUUACAUUCGUCCCCGUGUAUUAAUUUUUUCCAAACAAAACAAAGUCAAACAGUUUUUUAUCAAUUCGGACUUUCCUUUCCUUCUCAGUUGUCAUUUCAAUCAAAAUUAACCUGUCAACUUUGUCAAUAUUCAAACGCUCUUUAUCAUUAUCCCUUCAUUUUCCCCCGAAUUUAUCUGGAUCAUUCUUUUUUGGGUAAUGCUCUCAUUGCUGUAAUUUUGUCUUUCUCGGUUUAGAUUUCCAUACUACGGUAAAUUAUCAAGUGCUCACAUUCACUGACACAUCUCACACUUAGUCUCGAAGAAAUUGUCGUUUACAUACUACUCACAUAUUGUACUCUUAGAACUACCAAGAUGAUAUCCUUAACUCAUGUCAUUCUCUUGCAAAUUACCCAUACAUUGAAAAUUUUAUUCACAUGCCCUCCUUGCGGAGCAACACAGAGUGAUAGCUUAAACUGAGGAUUAUUGGUUGUAUCACAAAAUGCUCUAAAUAGAUUU